AUGGCAGGAGACGAAAAUUUUCCAUCAAUUCUCAAUUUAAACGUUGGUGGUUAUGUGUAUACAACGACUAUGGACACUUUGACGCGCGAUCCAAACUCAAUGUUAGGAGCCAUGUUCAGCGGACGACAACAGGUAGCAAAGGAUACGAGAGGGAACUAUUUUAUUGACAGAGAUGGAGCACUCUUUCGCCACAUUUUAAACUUUUUACGUACCUCAGAGCUAUGCCUUCCUCAAUCAUUCGACGAAUUCGAUCAACUGAGUGCCGAAGCUGACUUCUAUCAAGUUGGCGAGUUGAUAGAAGCGCUUCAAAUUUACAGGGAAGAUCGCCGGAAGAAUAUGCAACUCAGUGAAGGACAAGGAACUAUUAUCAUUUCAGUGGACAGAUAUCGAAACCAGCUGCUGUUGAGCGGGCGCGAAGAUCUCAUAAAAGAGGUUUUUCAGGGAUAUAUCAAACCAUCGGAACUUGUGUUAACUCUACUCCCCGCACGGGGAUACGUGAGGAAUUAUCGGGUCCCCUGGAGAGCCGGGGGUGCGGAGCUCACCAAAGCCGACGCCUUUGAUUUGCUUUAUGGUCAUGGAUUUGUCUUAGAAGGUUGCAACGGAGGUGGCAGUGAUGGUGAACUGGAAGGAACUCAAUUUCAGGAAUAUAUUUUUGUCCGAAAGAAUAAAUUGUAG